AUGCAAAGCGGUCCACAGCAGAAUCGCCGUCCAAAAAGCGAUUCAAGUUGGGGGCACCUGUUGCAGGUUCCAUCGACUUGGACGAGGAUGUCGGUCCCAGCCAGGUCAAAAAAGCUUCCAGUACUUCUUCGGGCAAGGCUGCGGCCAAGCCUGCGCCGAAGGCUGGCAAAGGAUCACAGCGACCCCCGCUCCCGCAAGCUAACCUUGCUCGUUUGCUGUUGA